GCGAGACUUGGCCCAGGACCACAACUGUCUCAAGAUUCUAGAGUUUGAUGUGGUUGACUACAAGAGCCUUCCAAGGUUGGUUGAGGAAGUGCAAGGUCUUCUUGGCGCCUCAGGUCUAAAUUUGCUCAUCAACAACGCUGCUAUAAUGGACACAUGUCCUACACAGAUGUUUGGGGUUCCCCUGGAGCAGCUGGAGCAGCAGUUGUUUAGCAGAGUGAUGGAGACCAACACGACAGCACCUCUUAUGUUGACCAAGGCCAUGUUACCACUGUUGCGUCAGGCAGCGAAGGGUUGUGAAGGUUGUCUCAGCGUUCAAAGAGCAGCAGUGAUCAAUGUCUCCACUAAUGCCUCCAGCAUGGGACGCUUCACUUUCAACCCUGACAUUUACGGCUACCGUGCCAGCAAGGCGGCUCUUAACAUGUUGACAAAGGCAUUGGCAAUGGAAUAUGGGAAAGAAGGCAUCUUGUUCGUGGCCAUCCAUCCAGGAUGGGUGAGGACUGACAUGGGAACAUCUGCAGCACCACUCAAUGUUGAAGAAAGUAUCAGUGAUGUCUUGAAGACUCUGAGUAACUUGACAGAGGACCACAGUGGUCUACUCAUCUCUAAUACUGGUGACAUCAUACCUUGGUAAUUUACUCUAUUUUCACUUAAAAGUUGACUUAUGAAAAAUCUUGAGUCAUUAUAUAUGUUUUUCCAGAGACAGAAAUCCUCUAACAUUUUAUAUCAUGAAUAUCAUACAUAUUAUUUAUAGCACGGAAAAAAAACUAUUUACUGUGAAAAACAGGAAUAUCAUUCAUAAUGUCCCCUCAAGGAAGGUUCCUUGAUGUUGGUGAGGGGCUCUUGAUUUAGGGAAUUGGAUCUGUGCUCCAGUUCCCCGAAUUAAGCCUGAAUGCCUUCCACAUCCCCCCCCCCCAGGCGCUGUAUAAUCUUCCGGGUUUAGCGCUUCCCCCUUGAUUAUAAUUAUAAUAAUAACAUUCAUAAUGUAAAUUUUUUUUAUUACAUUUUGCUAUGGUAUCUGUUAUAUUUUAAGCAAAUAAGAAACUUUAUAUGAUUAAGAAGGUAUUCCAGACCAACCCAGGCAAACCUGACCUGACCUGACCUGACCUGACCUGACCUGACCUAACCUAACCUAACCUAACCUAACAUAACAUAACCCCACAUAACAUAACCCCACAUAACGUAACGUAACGUAACGUAACGUAACGUAACCUAACCAAACAUAACCUAAGCUAGCCUAACCUAACGUAACCUAACAUAACCUAACGUAACCUAAUACGGUGACCAGAACUGAGCAGCAUAGUCUAAAUGAGACCUAACCAAGGUUAUAUAGAGUUGAAGAACAACCUGAGGACUUCUAUUAUCUAGAAGUAUAAAUAAUAGAAGUCCUCAGGUUGUUCUUCAACUCUAUACAUCCUUGGUUAGGCCUCAUUUAGACUAUGCUGCUCAGUUUUGGUCACCGUAUUACAGAAUGGAUAUAAAUGCUCUGGAAAACGUACAAAGGAGGAUGACAAAGAUGAUCCCAUGUAUCAGAAAUCUUCCCUAUGAGGACAGACUGAAACCCUGAAUCUGCACUCUCUCGAAAGGCGUAGAAUUAGGAGGGAUUUGAUCUAGGUGUAUAAAUGGAAAACAGGAAUAAAUAAAGGGGAUGUAAAUAGUGUGCUGAAAAUUUCCAGCCAAGACAGGACUCGCAGCAAUGGUUUCAAGUUGGAAAAAUUCAGAUUCAGGAAGGAUAUAGGAAAGUACUGGUUUGGUAAUAGAGUUGUGGAUGAGUGGAACAAACUCCCGAGUACAGUUAUUCAGGCUAAAACGUUGUGUAGUUUUAAAAAUAGGUUAGAUAAAUACAUGAGUGAGUGAGGGUGGGUGUGAGUUGGACCUGACUAGCUUGUGCUGCUGGGUCUGGUACAGUGCUCCAUCCUUGAGUGGGGAUGACCAGACUGGGUGGGUCAUUGGGAUAAUCCGGGGGGGUCAUUGGUCUAAUCCGGGAAUGGGGGGACAUGGACCUGCUCCGCAUGGGUCAGUAGGCCUGUUGCAGUGUUCCUUCUUUCUUAUGUACUUAUGUUCUAACGUAACGUAACCUAACCUAACCUAACCUAAUCUAACUUAACCUAACCUAACAUAGUAUCCUAGAACAUCCCAAGCAAACCUAACCUAACCAAAACUAACUACAAAAGUCGGUUAUGUUAGUUAGGUAACUUGAGUUUAGUUUAUAUUCAAAAUAUAUCUCAUACUCACUAAAUAUCCUGGAGUUUACCUGGAGAGGGUUUCGGGGGUCAACGCCCCCGCGACUCGGUCUGACUCCAGGCCUCAUGGUGGAUCAGGCACUGAUCAACCAGGAUGUUACUGCUGGCCGCACGUAAACUGAAGUACGACCUACAGCCCGGCUGGUCAGGUACUGACCUUAGGUGCUUGUCCAGUGCCUGCUUGAAGACAGCCAGGGGUCUAUUGGUAAUCCCCCUUAUGAAUGCUGGGAGGUAGUUGAACAGUCUUGGGCCUCUGACACUUGUUGUGUUGUCUCUUAAUGUACUCGUGUGCUGAUCACCAUGUUAUAGUUUGUGCUGGGUAACUAACAUCGUUGCUCUCCAUGUUUACACAUUUAAUGUUUUUAAAUCAUCACUGUUGUAGUUUUGUCUGGUUAAAAUACAGGAAUUAAAUGAACAUCGUAAUUAUUUAAGACACUGACCUGGUAACACUGCUGCAAUUACGUUAUAUCAAAGAAAAUGUUUAUAUAAUUAACUCAAUAACGUUUGUCUUUCAUCUUCAAUAUAAUGUGUCACAGGAUAUAUACCAUGAGAAGAUAAUUUCUCUCAUGGUAACAUGACUCACUAAAUUGUUAUAACACGAUUAACAUAAACCACAGAACGGGUGGGGUUUAAAAUCCAUGGCGAGUGCUGUGGCACUGGUCAGGAGGUUCAGAACUCACUCGUCAUGGCUUCAGAACCCCAACCUCGCCAUGGUUCCCUCAUGGUCCCCACCCUCGCCAUGGUUCCCUCAUGGUCCCCACCCUCGCCAUGGUUCCCUCAUGGUCCCCACCCUCGCCAUGGUUCCCUCAUGGUCCC